CUUACUAUUACAUAAUACGCGAUACCCUGAGCCGGUCUCAACCUUAUUCUUCUUUUCGACAAUUCUGUCAGGUACCUUUUUGUUCCUCGCUAUCCUCAGCCGUACGCGCCACUAGCUUCUCGUCCGUCUACGUCUCUUUCCGACACCUUCCUAUUUAACCUCCUCCAAAAGUCUGGUAACUUUCGGACCUCGACGGCCAGACCCUUAAUUUCUCUCACCCUCAACGACUCUCUGCGCCGGGAUUUCUAUCCACGAAGCCAUCAACACGACCUUUCUGGCCUGCUAGGUCGCUAUGAGAAGACACUUCUCCCUCCCAACGGGCUCAGGAAUUUCAUCACAACCAACCAACCAAACCUAUUCUCUUCUAUCUCUACAUACCCCUUCAUCGCUACUCACAAUGCCUAUCCUCAAGCCUGCCCCUCGCUCCGCCAACAUUCGGAUUGAGCGCGUGCCGGUGGAGAAGAAGGUCCUCAAGCCCGCUCCUUCUGGAGUGAAGAAGCGCAAGUUCGUCACAAAGUCGUCCCCUUCUGCCGACAAGGGAAAGACGUCGACCAAGACUGCCGACAAGAUCGCCAACAAGACCUCGGAUGAGACCAAGGCUGAUCUCAAGGUCAAGGGCGAUCCCAAGUCCAAGCCCAAGCCUAAGGGCAAAGGCAAGGCUAAGGCAACCGACAAGGCCUCUGGUGAUCCUGCCACUAUUCCCACCAGUAUGAAGAGCAGCAACAGGGUCACCAAGCGUACCAAGAAGAGCAAGGAGCUUCCCAAGGGUCUCGUGGCCAUCGGCAGUUUUGGCUCCGCGGCGGCAACCCACCGUUCUCGGCUGGGGGCGAAGACCAACAUCCGCCUCCUUCCUUCGGCACUCCCUCUGCCAAUCAAGAAGGAAGGAGACGGAGAGGGCGCCAAGGCCACCGCGGAGCCCAAGAAGACGGAGAAGAAGGCCACCAUUGCCACCACUGGCCUUACCACCCCUUCUCCCACGCCCAGCCGUUGCUCGAGCCGCAGCAGGAAGUUGGAAUGA